AUGGCCACUUGUGAGUGCCUUGUCGAACCACCGGUAUUUCAUCUACCUCCACCACCGGAUGCGUCAUUGAUAUGGCAUCUGAUUAGCGAGGAACCCUAUGAGGCGCCAGCCGACUGCGAAUGGAGCCCAUUUAUCUCAAUAUCGGACGUCUCGUCAAAAAUUCCGCUCACCCCGUUGUCGAGCCGCUCACUCAUUUUCAUUUCGCUCAUCGCUUUGCUCAUCCUGCUCUCACUUUGCACACUGGUCGUAUGUCGAAUCAAAAGAGGAAGAGCCAGACGGGCGAAGACGAAAUCGACGUCCUCAGAUGGUAUCCUGGCAGCUGGAGAUAACCUCUGGACCUAUAAUUCUAUGAAGAAUUCAUGCUCGGGUUCCGCCGGAGUUCUUGUCUACAAUGGCAUUUCUCACAAUGCUGCCUAUCAACAAACACCAGGAACUAUACGUUCGUUUCCUCAAGCUCCUUCGGAACAUGCACCGGUUCGACCAUGCACAGCUGCCACCCUUCGACUACACCCGAAAGAAAACUCAGCCGCAUACCAUACUGUAGGACGAUAUGCUACAUCUCCCACUGAAUUUUAUGAGGAAAUUUCCAAUGAGGGUUACUACCCCUACAACACAAAGUGCCGAUCCGUAGCCAAUAUCCACCCAAGUGCUUCUUUUACCAAUGGCGGUUGUCGUCGUCCACCACCGACUUGUAGACCACCACCAGUUCCUGCGGCAAAUACGUCGCAUGAAUAUAGUCCCAAUGGGAGCGAGGAAGGCAGCAUUGAUAGAGAGUUGGCAAGGAUUCCCGCCGAUUCACCUCCCUUACCUCGAUGGGAAGAGAGCGAACGACGAAGCGGUGAAGGUGGUCGCGAAAGCGGCUAUGGAACUGCACCUAGUAGACAAUGGAAAAGUCCUCCCGGGAGAUCCGAUGAUGGGAACCGCUUGCCGGGUUAUGUACUUUCACAAGCUCCAAAUGUUCACUCGAUGACAUACGUGUAG